UGUGUUGUUUCGUUUCUCCGCAGUGGUCGACGCCGCAGUUCUUGUGAGGACUCGCAUCUAUUAUAAUAAUAAUUUGAGAUUGAGUUUCUAUUUCAUUUCUGGUGUCUGGUGCCUAUUUACAUAAAUAACAGUGAUGGACCCAAUGAGUGCACAAGCCUACGCUCCCCAGGCUGCCAAAAGGAAGUUCCCAUUCGGGCAGCCACAAAACCAAGGGAAGAGGGGCAAAGCCCCAAAUAGACAGCCGCUGCAGCAUUCUGAUGAGAUCGUUUAUACAAAAGGAAGCACCAUUCAUAGCAUGCCGUCGCUUGGCAAACGGUUGAAAGAACUCACUGGUGUCUCUGUAAUUGGUCUUCAGUAUGUGUGGGAGUAUCGCAGUCCCAGCAAGUCCCUUCCACCACAUUACCACUGCAAAUUGUGCAAUGUAAUUCAAGUGCAGACUCAUAUGUUUGAGCAUAUCAAAGGAUGGAAGCACUCCUUUAGAUAUAUAAAAAAGGUACACCCUGACAAGGUUCCUUUUGAAGAGGAGGCUGUCCAUAAAGACCAAACUCUAAAACAGACUAUUAAAGACAAUGCAGUGGAGAUUGAGAACACAGAGGGCAGGGGACAGCUCAAGGUUAUCCUGAAGGAACCUUCUGAUGUACCAGCAUUCAAGGGUUUUUAUUCAGCCAAUCCUGGGACUGCUUCAACACCAGCCAAAACUACAUCAUUUGGUCCAAAACUGCCAAGAGGUGGCUAUAGAAUGGAAGGCUUUGGAGGGUACCCGUCAUUACAGGCUCCUCCUCUUGAUUACACUAUGGACCACUUUCAUGAUAUGGGUCAUGACCAAAUGGGAGACGAAUAUGGAGCUGGUGAUUUUGAUGGUUACGAACCCUCCAGUGACUAUACUGAUGAGUACAGAGAUAGACAUAUGGACAGGCCCCUAACAAGACCCUCACAGAGACCACUACCGAGGCCAAUGAACCCUACUUUGCCACCACCUCGAAGACCUGCCAAUUCAAAUGGCGGGGAUCUCUCUGGAACAUUACUCAGUUACCUGGAUACCUUCAAAAUCGAGAAUGAGGGUGAUGCCCAGCUGGUGUUAAAAGUGACCCAAAAGUUAACAGAUGUGCUGAUGGAAUACAGACUCAGACGUGUCGAGGGUCCUACUGUGCCUUCAGUGUUUCCACCCUCAGCACCCACAAUACCAAGCCGCAGUGAACAAUAUACUGGAUAUCAAAGUUUGUCCAGGUAUAGUGAUGCUCCAUCCCGGUACUACAACUGACAAUCUACAGAUGAACAUUGUCUCUCAAAGAUAAAUUCUUGUUUUUAGGUGUCCUUUUUUUUUGUAGAUGUUCAAGUUUCAAACUAUCCCCGUGAUAAAAUGUUAUGCAUAUUUUGACUCAUCUUUGAGCAGUGUUUUAUUAAAGAGAGAAAAGGUUG